UGGCGGUCACGGGGCCGCGCGGGCAGGGAGCGGUCACGCUGCCCGCUGUCACGUGACCCGCGCGGCCGCGUUACGAAACGGCCCGAGAGCUGUGAUUUAAAAACAAAAAAACCAAAAACCCAACAAAAAAACCCCUCCCCUCGCAGGAGCUACCCCCGCCCGCACGAGUACCUGCACGUCUCCGCGCUGCCCGCGAGCUGGGACUGGAGGGACGUGAACGGCGUCAACUACGCCAGCGCCACGCGGAACCAGCACAUCCCCCAGUACUGCGGGUCCUGCUGGGCCCACGGCAGCACCAGCGCCCUCGCAGAUCGAAUCAACAUAAAGAGAAAAGGUGCAUGGCCUUCUGCCUACCUCUCUGUUCAGAAUGUGAUUGAUUGUGCUGAUGCGGGAUCCUGUGAAGGUGGAGACCACUCCGGUGUUUGGAAGUAUGCCCAUGACCAUGGCAUUCCAGAUGAGACCUGCAACAACUACCAAGCUAAGGAUCAAAAGUGCAAGAAGUUUAACCAGUGUGGAACUUGUGUCACUUUUGGAGAAUGCCAUGUGAUAAAGAACUACACCCUCUGGAAAGUUGCUGACUACGGGUCUGUCAGUGGAAGAGAAAAAAUGAUGGCAGAAAUCUAUACUAAUGGACCAAUUAGCUGUGGAAUAAUGGCUACUGAAAAGUUGGAUGCUUACACUGGAGGACUUUAUACAGAGUACAACCCCUCGCCUGUGGUGAAUCACAUUGUAUCUGUGGCUGGCUGGGGUGUAGAAAAUGGAACAGAAUACUGGAUUGUUCGUAACUCAUGGGGUGAACCUUGGGGUGAAAGAGGGUGGCUGAGAAUUGUGACAAGUGCAUAUAAAGGUGGAAGAGGAGCACAGUUCAAUCUUGCUAUUGAAGAGGACUGUGCGUAUGGAGAUGCUGUACUCCCUUGAUUCUAUAUUGUACGUCUUUCUGUUUAGGAACUACUUUGUUUGGAAGCUUCCCAGCACAAUCUUCUUUUGAAAGAACAGCAGUCUAAAACUCUUUCAUGGUUCAACACAAUCGGGCAGUUCUGCAAAAUUAGUCCAGAGCGCAACACACAAUGUCUUCAAAGUAAAAUAAAUACAGAGCUGCCUUUAGAUAAUUAUUUACAGCUUAAAAGUAUUUUACCCAUGAAAAAAGUGGUCUGCCUUGGUGUGUAGUAUUUAAAUCAUAUUGACUUAAUCACAGAAACUGUAUGUAAAUCUCUGUAUAUUUUUAAAAUAUGAAUUAUGUAGACAUACUGGGAAGGAAAAAGUAUACUCAAUAUUUGGGUCUAGAGCUUAUAUUAAAUUCUCUCACAGUAUUGAGCAAGUAUCUCAGUGGUGCAGAUGAAAAAACAAAGCAAAGUCUGGAUAUGAUUUAUUCAAAACCUAACUCCUCUGUUUCCAAUCCUGGUGAAACAAUGUUGUUGGAAGUUUCAUGUAAUGCAGUUGCUUUUAUGCAACUACAAUGAUACAACAGGAAUUACUUUCAUUAAAAGACAAAGUCUAAACACUUAGUUAUUUAGUCUUGUAUUUGCUCAAAUUCCUUGCUUCAGUAUGUGAUUGGCUGUGCUAUUUUUCUCCUAAAGAGGCAAAGCAUAAGUUACCACAACCCUUACCUCUUCACUCACUUUAAGAAAGGUAGCAAAUUCUCUUCCUUAGUAACUGGUUCAGUUUUAAGUGGCAAAUCAGUGCCAUAUCAAAUGUUACUAACUAACUGGCCUUGUUAAUUGCAUUUAAUAAACAGACUUUCUCUUA